AAUAAAGAAAAAAAGUAGUGAGUUAAUGAACGGUUACUUACCAACUGCAAUGUUUGACGGAAAAUGGAUAUAUAGUGGACGGUGCAUAAGUUGAAGGGUUGUUUGUUUGUUUGUUUGUUUGUUUGAUAAAUCAUACAAUAUGAAGGUCGGUGCAGCAGAGCUAUGCAUUUUGUUGUUCACCACAUCUUGCCUUCUUCACUUUUCAUCAGAGCUACAACAUUCUAUGCCUUAUGAUUAUUCUGCUACUACUCAGUGUGUGACAGAACCUAAGAGGGCACAAUAUGGAGGAGGCAUUAUAGUAAAUCCAGGAUUUGAUCACAACAUAAAGGGUUGGAGAGUGUUUGGAAAUGGAACAAUCGAGGAACGAAUAUCAAAUGAUGAAAAUAGAUUCAUUGUUGCUAGCAACAGAAGACAAACAUUGGAUGGUUUCUCACAGAAGGUCCAACUGAAGAAAGGAAUGAUAUACAUGUUUUCUGCUUGGUUUCAGCUCAGUGAAGGAAGUGACAUUGUGUCAGUUGUAUUUAAAAGAAAUGGAAGUGAACUGGUGCAUGGUGGCCAUGUGAUAGCCAAACAUGGAUGUUGGUCGCUGCUAAAAGGCGGUAUAGUUGCAAACUUUUCAAGCCCUGCUGAGAUUCUUUUUGAGAGUGAGAAUCCAAUUGUGGAAUUAUGGGUUCAUAGUGUCUCCUUACAACCAUUCACCAGAGAGCAAUGGAGGUCACACCAAGAUAGCAGCAUUGAGAGGGUACGUAAGAGCAGGGUGAGAUUCCAGGUAACUCAUCCAAAUGAAACAGUGUUGGAAGGAGCAACAGUUGUUAUUAAACAAACAAGGGCAAAUUUUCCAUAUGGAUGUGCGAUGAACCGUCAUAUCCUCACAAACAGUGACUACCAGAAAUGGUUUGUGUCAAGAUUCAAAUACACAACUUUCACUAACGAGAUGAAGUGGUAUAGUACAGAGAAAAUCCAAGGCCAUGAAAACUAUACUAUCCCAGAUGCCAUGCUGAAAUUUGCUAAGGAAAAUGGCAUAUCUGUCAGAGGUCAUAACAUUUUGUGGGACAGUGAAAGACGUCAACCUGAAUGGGAUUUGUCCCUGUCUCCUGAUGAAUUACGAGAAGCAGCUGCAAAAAGAAUGAAAUCCGUGGUCUCAAGGUAUAAAGGACAAUUGAUUGCAUGGGACGUGGUAAAUGAGAAUGUCCACUUCCACUUUUUUGAGGACAACCUCGGCAAAAAUGCCUCUGCAGUAUACUAUUCAGCAGCUUACCAUCUUGAUCCCACAACGAACAUGUUCAUGAAUGAGUAUAACACUAUCGAAUACAGUGGUGAUAAGGAUGCCAGCCCAACCAAUUAUAUCCGGAAGCUUAAGGAGAUUCAGCAGUUUCCAGGAAAUGCUGGAAUAUCAUUGGCCAUAGGGUUGCAGUGCCAUUUUUCAAGUGGCGUGCCAAACAUUGCAUAUAUGAGGUCAGGUCUUGAUCUUCUUGCAGCAACUGGACUUCCUAUAUGGCUCACAGAAACCAGUGUGGAUCCUCAGCCAAAUCAGGCAGAGUACUUUGAAGAGAUUCUUAGAGAAGGUUACUCUCAUCCUGCUGUGCAAGGGAUUGUAAUGUUUGUGGGUCCAGCACAGGCUGGUUUCAACAGUACACUCCUUGCAGAUGCAGAUUUUCAAAAUACUCCAACUGGAGACGUUGUGGAUAAGUUGAUUCUUGAGUGGGGAUCUGGGCCACAUACGGCCAUAGCAAACAGUAGAGGAAUUAUAGAUCUUUCAUUACAUCACGGGGAUUAUGAUGUGACCGUUACACAUCCUCUAACCAAUUACUCCAAAACACUGAAUAUAAGUGUGAGGAAAGAAUUUUCUUUGGAAAGUAUCCAUGUGAAAAUGCAUGCCUAAAAAGCAACAACUUUUUAUAACUUCUGCUGAAGCAAGCAAUAGUUACUUGUCUCAAUUUUGAAAGAUUAUAAUAAAAUGGUUCACAGUAUCAUGCUUGAUUGUUUUUGGUUUUA